AUGGACAACAACCUCGAGCAGCAAGUCGAGCUGCUGGCUCAGGGCGACGCGGCAAUGCCCGGCGGCGGCGCUGCUGACAACCUGGCGACGGAGGCGCAGGAGCUGGAUGUGCUGGCCUUCCCAUUUGAUCGCAACAGAGAGAUAGAGGCGGAGUUGGCGGGGAUGUCGCCGCAGGGCGUGGCGCGGGACCUGGAGGGUUACGAGGCGGCAGCCAAGGAGCUGGAGGGCAGGGCAGAGGCCUCGGCGCCAGCUGAGGGGGGACAGCAGGAGGGAGAUGCAGGGGGGGUGGCGGGUGGGCAGGAGGAGGAGGGGGCAGGGGAGGGUGCGGCAGAGCAGGCGCCACAGGAGGAGCAGAUGGAGGCGGCGGCGGCACCGGAAGGCAAGCAGGAGGCGGUCGAGCCACCUGAGCCAGGCGCCCAGGAAAGGGCUGCGCCAAGGCAGGGCCUGAAGGCUGGGGUUGUGGCAGGGGACAGCGAGGAGGCGCCCCCGGUCGUCACGCCUCGCCCUGCCGGCGGCGGACCCUCAGGCGGGCAUGAGGGGCCAGCAGAGCAGGCGCGGCAGGUGCAGCGCAUGGCCGAGGUGGCGGCCCCAGAGGCCCAGCUGGUGCCCAAGGAGGUGGCACCUGCCGCCGCUGCUGCUGCGUCUGCGGCCCAAGUGGCAGCUGGACAGAAGCGCAAGGCGGAGGGCGAGCCUGGGCCCGCAGGCCCCGCGGAGCAGCAGGAGCAGGCGCAGCAGGAGGCUGCCGAGGCAGGCUCGCAUGAGGAGGGCGGGCCCAGGGCGCGCAAGAGGAGCAAGAAGAAGGCGGCCGAGCCUGGCUCCCGCGGGCAUGGCGUCUACCUGGCAGCUGUGCAGGCCAUCCCUGCAGGUGAAACAGCCACCUACUCUGAGGUGGCCAAGGCGGCUGGCAAGGGGCCGGGGGGCGCUCGCAUGGUGGGCAGCGCCAUCCGCCAGCUGGACCUGCGUCACACCGAGGUGCCCUGGUGGCGGGUGGUCAGCGCCGACGGCUCGCUGCACCCUGGCAGCAAACAGGUGGCCACCCAGCAGCUGCAGAAGCUGCGUGAGGAGGGGGCCCGCCCAGGCGAAGACCAGAGCGUGGCGGAGUGGUGCCAGCAGGCACACUGCCGGCUGGUGGGCUGCUACGAGCAUGGUGGGCAGCGCAUGGUCUUCACAGCCCCGGACGACCCACGUGCUGCGCAGUUCAACCCCAAGAAGGUGGAGAAGCUGGCCAGCACAGAGCGAGCCAGGGAGCGCGGCUUUGUGCGCAUUUGA